UCAGAAACCUUAAUGAAACCUCACCUCUCUCUCUCUCUCUCUCUCUUCACAUUCUCUCUCCUCUUUCUCUCUCAUCUCUGCUCUCUCCUUCUCUCUUAUCUCACCCAAUGAAUCAUCGGACCGAACCCGCCGAACCUCACCACCACCCGCCUCUUUAAAUGACUCCUCUCCCCACCGCCGCCGUCGCCGUCCUCUCCGCCUUCCUCGUCCUCGCCUCCCUCUCCCCUCCCUCGGUCCACGCCCUCGGCUCCGGCGCCACCCUCGCCGUCGCUUCUGACUCGCUUACCGUUUGCGGUAUCUCCGCUGCCCGUCCAAUCAGGAACAUCCAAUGCUUCCGCAGCGGGCAAUCCGUGGCUCUCGCCGUCCCGCCCAACGUCUCAUUCUCUGCCAUCUCCGGUGACCGGUCAUAUUUCUGCGGCCUCCGAGAGGGCGGCGGCAGCUUCUUCUGCUGGGACACUAACCUCAACUCGACCGUCCUCUCUCCGAAGAGACUGUAUAUAAACGCCUCUGUUCCAUUGGCGACCAUCUCGGUCGGUGACGACCACAUUUGCGCGAUUGUUAACGCCACUCGAAAAAUCGAAUGCUGGAGGGCUGGUCGCUCAUUCGAAUUGCCCUUAGAUGACGAGCAAUUCACGUCGAUUUCUUCUGGGUCCGGGUUUUCCUGUGGGAUUCUGGCCAAUUCAAGCCGGGUACGCUGCUGGGGCAGCAAUCUUCCGGUUGUAGCUUUAAUCCAAAACGGAUUUGGUGUCAUUCCCAUGGCUAGUCUCACGUUAGGGAGCUCACACGCCUGUGGGUUGAACGCGGCAGGGUUUGUGAUUUGUAAAGGGAGCAAUGAGAGUGGUCAAUUGAAUGUUCCUUUUAAUUCGAGUUUCGAAUACUCAAUGUUGUCUCUGGGGGAGAACCAUAGCUGCGGUAUUCGAUCAAGGAACAAGACAGUUGUGUGCUGGGGCGGUGUGGUGCAGUACCCGGUGAAUGGUUCGUUCGAGACGAUCGUGUCAGGCUCGAGCUUCACCUGCGGCCUCGUGACUGGCAACUUAUCGGUCAUGUGCUGGGGCAGGGGUUGGCCUCCAGGAGGACUGCAGCUGCCACUGGAAGGGCUGAUCCUUCCCGGGCCUUGUGUCCAAGGAGAAGACUGUUCUCCUUGCGGGAAUUAUCUUCUGGAUCAGAUGCUCUGCUCUGGUAAUGGCAACAUUUGCAGAACUUGCAAUGUUUCGAUAACACCGCCUGGUCAACCUCCUCCUCUUCCACCUCCCCUCCCGCCUUCACCUGCCCCUUCUCCGCCUUCCAAGGCCUUAAGGAGGGGCCUGAUGGCCUUUGCAAUCAUCGGCUCUGUCGGGAUGUUUGUGGGCGUUUGCUCCGUGAUCUACUGCUUAUGGGUUCGCGGCUGUUUCGGGCACAAGAAAAUCCAUAACUCGGUCCAGCCCACGAUCACUCGGGCCACCUCUAACAACAAUGGCGGGUCACAUUCGAACGCGAGCCCCCCCUCCCGGUCCUCCACCCUCAGACGGCAGGCCUCGAGGGCAAUCACAAUGAGGCGGCAGAGAAGCGGCACCUCCUCAAAGCACCCCGACAAGGCUGAGGAAUUCUCCUUCGUCGAGCUCGCCUCGGCUACAGACGGCUUCUCCCUCGAGAACAAGAUUGGGGCGGGAAGCUUUGGGGUAGUGUACCGAGGCAAGCUUCCUGACGGGCGAGAGGUGGCAAUCAAACGGGGUGAGACAGGCGAGAAGAUGAAGAAAUUCCAGGAGAAGGAGAGCGCGUUCGACUCGGAGCUUGCUUUCUUGUCCCGUCUCCACCACAAGCAUUUGGUCCGGCUCGUUGGGUAUUGCGAGGAGAACGAUGAGAGGUUGCUUGUCUACGAGUACAUGAAGAACGGGGCACUCUUCGACCAUUUGCACGGCAAGAACAACGUCGAGAAGAGCAGUAGCUUCUUAAAUUCGUGGAGGAUGAGGAUUAAGAUUGCCUUAGAUGCCUCUCGAGGGAUUGAGUAUCUGCACAACUAUGCAGUCCCUCCUAUAAUCCAUAGGGACAUAAAGUCCUCCAACAUAUUGCUCGAUGCGAAUUGGACUGCCCGGGUGUCGGAUUUUGGGCUCUCGAUGAUGGGCGACGGGUCGUCCCAUGACAUCAGGCCGUUCAAGGCUGCAGGGACUGUCGGAUACAUCGACCCGGAGUACUACAGCCUGAACGUGUUGACGGCGAAGAGCGACGUCUAUGGGUUUGGUAUGGUGCUUCUAGAGCUGCUGACCGGGAAGAGGGCAAUAUUCAAGAACGGGGAGGACGGUGGCACGCCCACCAGCUUGGUCGACUACGCUGUUCCCGCGAUCGCGACGGGAGAGGUCAUCCGGGUGCUGGACCCAAGGGUGGGGCCCCCGGAACUAAACGAGGUCGAUGCAGUCGAGCUCGUAGCCUACACUGCAAUGCACUCUGUGAACGCAGAGAGUAAGGACCGCCCCACGAUUGCCGAUAUCGUCGCGAACCUGGAGCGGGCCCUUGCUCAAUGCGAUGAGACCCAUGGGAGCAUCUCUAGCUGUGGCACGAUCUCGAUCGUUUCAGAAUGAAGGAAAGCUUAAAGUUGCGGGGGGGGGGGGAAUUGGAUUUUGAUUUUUAGUCUAAAUCUUUUGCUUACUUCAAUUAAUUCUUGGCGAUGACUUAUUGAUGCGGGUAAAUACUCCAUUGCCCUUUUGUGUAUAGGGAUUAGGGAAGUCUGAUUUCAUCUCUAACAACACUAACAGCUAUUGAGAAAGAUUACGAUGACCAAAUUUGCUUUCGGGAUCGGCCCCCAUUGUUUCA